CUCCCACCCCCACCUCCUCUCCACCUCCAUCUGCACCUCCUCUCUGGCACCCCAGCUCCCCCUGAAAGGACUAGGCCAUAAUGGUUCAGAAGCUGUUUUUCUGUAUCCUCAUACUUGGGUAUCCCGGUUACCCAAACACGAACCUUGUCCAUAUUUUGGCUGGCCAUUUCCCUUUUGGCUCUCGUGUAUUUGGGAUUCUGUGGAAGCUUACCAUUAUUACUGCCACCCUUCCAAUUUGUGCAUGUCUGGUUUACCUCUGGAGAGUUGUCCUUGCUAUAGAGCCUCAAGUAUAUCAAGUUAAUUUACAGCAAAUAACUGAAAAGAUCAACACAGUGAAGAAAGAAAACAGAGAGCUGGCUGAAGCAAUAUCCAUUUGGGAACAGAAGAUCAAUGAAUCAAAGAUACGCCUUCAAGAAGCUGAGAGAAGAAGUAACAUUCACUCCGCUGAAGCUCUUAAAUUGAAAUCACAAGAUGCAAACGGUCAAUUUGAGGAUCCAGAACUGAGAGCCGUGAUGUCCAAUAACUGUGAACUGGAAGAAAGUAAAAAGGCCCUGGAGGACAAGUGUAAUGCAUUGAGGUCUGCAAAAGCAGCCAAGGAAGCCAAAGUCAGACAGUUGAAGGAGAAAGCAGGCAUCCUUGAAGAAUUCUACGAAGAAAGAAAAGUGGCUAUAGAAAAAAAGCUGGAUACGAUGAACUGUGAACUAGCUGCAGUGAAGAAUCAGAUGGCAACUGCAGAAGAAAAUCUGAAAAUAGCUACAGAGGAAAUACACAAGUACAAGCAACAAAUUGAACAAAGACGAGAACAGCUGCAACGGGCAGAGCUCACCUUCAGAUACCAGAUCGCAGUUUAUGAGAAGAAUGCUCAGCACAACUGGAUCAAGACUCAGAUCUGGGAGAGGGCGAUGGCGGAGGAGAGGAGGGAGGCGGCCCACUUGAAACACAGACUGGACAUGAUGGAGGGAAAGAGGCUGCUUGAGGGAUACAUGAGGCAGAAACCAAUGCCUGGAAGACCACAGACCCAGAACCCUCCAAGGAGAGAGCCUUUAGCCGAUCCAGAAGCUGGUGUCGCUCCCGUAAGUCACAACAACAAACACUCUACCAAAAAUGCAGAAAAGGACAAGGGCAGCGUGGAUCCAUGGGGACCUCCUCUGCUAACUGGAAGAUUCUGCACACCCUACCCUCGAGGUCCCCCCAUGGGCUAUAGGGCAUGUCCACCUCCUGAACCUUGGUGGCCCUGGGGACCACCCCAGACCUGUCUACCUACACUGCAUGGGCCUUUUGCAGAUCCCGAAGUUGCUCCUGUGAGUGAGAACAACACAGACUCUACCAAAAGGGCCAAGAAGGACAAGGCCAUUAUGUAUGCAAGAGGGCCUGGUCCUUUCCCAGGAUGGCCUUGCAGGCCUUACCACAUGGACCACCCUUCAUCACCAGCCAAGGGCUGUGGGCCACCUCCCCCUCCUCCACCUACUCCAUUUGGUAAGAUGACCUGACCUGGAUGAGUGACUGGUAAAGCACAUGCAUCUUCUUCGUGAAAGACUUGGUGGGAAUGAUGUAAUGAUGGUUCUGAGUCUUGGCAAUCCAACUGUGAACGUGGCUGAGGACAUUGUAACAUAUCUCAAGUUUCUCAGGACAUACAUAUAAUGGGCUAUGUCAUUUCCCUGUAAUGCGGUAAGCUAUAGGUUUCUCUUGUCAAAAAGAAAGAAGAUUUUUACACAAAGGCAGACAUAUCAGCAGUACUACUGUGCAUUUUGGAGACACAAUGUUUUGGGUUCUGUAAAGAAUGGGGUGCACCACUUUUAGUGCUCAUGCAUCCUUUGUGAAAGAGGGAUACGUGCAUUAAGGGACACAAACCUUUGAUCAGCAUAAUGGAAGCAUCAGUGAAGGAUCCAGUGCAGAAAUGGGGGAAACUUGAAUCACACAGGAAUACAAGAGAAAUUGUGAAUAAAAAGCAGAGUUUAAGGAGGUGCACAGGGGAGGGUGCUGGGGUCAGUGAGAUGCAGUUGGAGGUCAUUCCUGGGCACAGACUGAGCAGGGAGCAUGGGGUCCACACAGACCUGUUAUGUGGGAUCAUUCUCAGUGCACAAUGCAGUGUUCAUCUCUGAAAUGUCAGUGCU